UAUCUCAGCUGCAGUACAAACAAUAGGGCAACAACAGUACUUUCUCAGUUUUUGAAGGCAACAUCUCUCUAUGGACUGCCAUCAAGAGUCAGAUCAGACCAUGUAGGUGAAAACAUGCUUGUUGCUUUAUUCAUGCAUCUUGUUCAAGGACUUGAACACAUAGGCUUCAUAACAGGAGAAUCUGUUCUUAAUCAGCGAAUAGAACGCCUGUGGCGUGAUGUAUUUUUGCAUGUGCUUCAGCCUUUUUACAAUACAUUCUACUGCCUAGAGGACUCAGAAAAUCUCCACCCAGAUAAUGAUAUCCACAGUCUUUCUUUACAUAUUGUGUAUCUACCUGAAAUUCAAAAGAGGCUGGAACACUUCAGAAAGACUUGGAACCACCAUGGUUUGCGAACAGAAAAUAAUCGCACACCUACUCAACUUUGGACAGAGGGCAUGCUCACAAACAUUGAAACUGACAACACRGCUGUCAACAAUGUGUUUGGGGAAAAUCCCCACAGCAGCAAAAUUAUUGAGACUAUCCUAGCUCAGCAUGCAGCAACACYUAAUGAGGAAGACUUCCCAGCUGUGUCUGUCGAGCCACCUCAACUCAUCCUGAGUCAGGAACAGCAAGCAUCAGUGCACAAUGCAGUCCAUUACAUUUCUGACUUUGAAAUGAAAUAUCAUGCCUGCUGUACUGCAGUUGUCAGUAUUUUACAAACACCUGCAUAGGACACAAAAAUCCUUGGAACAAAGCAGGAUCAACUUUAUGACAUAGUAGUCAGGUUCAUUAUGUUUGGAUUUUAACUUUCUUGAAAAGUAGAUUGUAU